AUGAACGGGCAUUCUGAGUCCUCGAAGGAAACGCAGGAAAACGUACGGCAAUCACGUCGACAAAAACGACGUCAAGCUCGACUCGGUAACAUUGAAGUGACUGAGGAAAGUAGUGACGAAGUUAGACACAUAAAUGCUGGCCGUCGAGUUCCACGAGAGCCUAUUGACCGCCUGGUCGCAGUGAUCAAGUUUCUGGGAUCAUACAGUAAUGAUGUGGAACAGAUUGAGUGCGCUCUAGGUGAUCUGCUGCGGAAAGAUGAAAGAAUACAACAGCUUUCUGCCACAGUCCAGGAACUACGGCGUUCCAAGAAUGAAGAGGCCCGUAUGAUUGAGGAAGAACAAGGUCGGUUGAUGGAGCUACAAAGUCAGCUCAACGAAAAGGAAACCUCUCUCAAUCGUGUUCAGGAGAGCCUGGAUGAAGCAAGCAAGCAAUUGAGAGAGGAAAAGCAACGAUUCCAGGCUGAGGAGGCGGCCAGAUAUGACGCAGCUAUAGCAACUGAGAAAAAGAAACUGGAGAACGAGUUGCAGAGACAAGUCAAACAGAAUGAGAAGGCCACAGCCGCGAAACUUGAACAGGCCGCGCAGCACAUUCGACAACUGCAGCACCAAGUCUCAGAUCUCACCGAGACUAAGGACAAUGCAGAAAUGACCCUCACGCUAUUCAGGGCUCGCACGAAAGAGCUGGAGGACCAGCAAAAGGAGCUUGAGUCUAGGUAUAAGACUCAACAUUCCCCGUUGGCAGAGUUCGAGGGAGAUUUAUCCAAGAUACACCAAGCCCUCAAGGCAAUUGCACAUGCGUAUUUCGGAGACCUUCCACCAGAAGAUGCUGAUAUUGAUCAGCUCCAACGUGUCCUUCGUGACAGUGAUCAGAUCUUUCAAUUUGUCCCUCUGACGGCUUCUAAUGCAUCUAAAUACCUCCGUAUCCGGGCGGCACAAUCAGUCGUCGCGAAGGCUAUAUGCCAUUCUCUUUGGCAGCCUUUUGGUGGAUCAAUGAUGUCCUUGUCUCCAGAUCAGAUCUCCACCUUCGUCCAGAUUUCGAAAGCGCUUGCUCGCCAAGAUCGCAGGAAGGAAAGCUUGUGGCGAUAUCUCACCUUGUACGGCCUUGACAUCGCUGCUCUUCAGCAUACUAAGGAUAACACGGCUGUUGAUCGACGCGCGCGUCUUGAAACUCAACACAUUUCUGAUGUUCUUCGUGCCCUUGUACCCCUGCAAAAACAGAAAGACUUUGAGCGUGACCUAGGGCAUCUUCUCACAGAAUGUGUUCGCUUUUGGAACAAGGCAAAGAGAGACAGUUGCAUCAUUGAAUUCGAUACGGAUCCUCCCCAGUCGUCCAAUUCAGACUGGCUCUCAGAGCCUUGCCUUGAGUUUGAUCAUGUGGAGGCUGAUACCGAGCAGGGAUGUAAUAAUGUGCCAGCUUGGUGCUUGUUUCCAAGAGUUACAUUCUUACCCAUCGACGGAGAGCCAAAGAUUGUUGCAGGACAUGCAGUCUUUGGUGAUUGCCCCGCUCUCUAUGAAGGUUUGUGUGAACUUAGGCGUCAAGAAGAUGAGAUCACCCAGUUAAAACGCAAUUUUGUUCGGCAGCCGUCUAUCUCAAGGGGGCGUUAG